AUGAAUGGUAUUAUUUGGAAUAGAAUGCAAAAGACUUUUGUGCCGAUUUCCAGUAUACCGAUUUUUGCAAUGAUACAACAAGAACGUUACAGACAGAGCCGAGCACUCGAGACUCACAAUUUUCAACUGCAGAAUUUAACCGUAACAUCUUACAAGGAAGAGUAUUUUUUUGAUUUUUACGAUAAUGAUACAAAGAUUACAGGAAUUAACGGUGAAAUAUGGAUUCUUCUUUCCAAAUUAUUGAAUUUUACAUUGCAGCCAGUGAGAGUAAACGUAGACGGCAUGGGUGUUCCAGAGAAAGACGGAAUUUAUAAAGACGGAUUAUUAGGUUACAUUCCCGAAUUCUUAAAUGGAAAAUCAAAGAUAUUAGAAGUAUCACUAGGUCUUUUUUGUUCUUUAAUAUACAUAGCAUUUGGUGCUCUAUUAUUCAUUUAUAUGGCGAGGAAUGUUUAUGUAUCACCAUUCGAUAGUUUCACUUCUUUAAUAGCUAAUACUAAAUAUAGCGUUGUCACUCUAAAAGGUUCUACUGGAGCUAUGAUGUUUAAGGGACACUCUGAUCCGCGAAUUGUGCAAGCAAGAAAGAUAAAACGCUUGUUUAUAAUAUCAACUAUUGGAAAAAUGGAAAAAAUGGCAUGUUCCCUGCAAAAAAACAAAUAUGCUAUAUACGAAAGUGAAGAUGAUCACAGAAUGAGAGAACAUACUAUGUGUCAUUUAAUUCCGACUGGUAGACCUUUAGUAAAAAUAUGGAUUGCUUCCGGCAUUGUGAAAAAUUUUAAGUAUAAAAGGACAGUGGAUCUUGGGAUUCUCAAGUUAAAGGAAGUUGGACUGUUGAAUAUAUUAAGAGAUCGUUGGUUGAAACAAAAAGAUAAACAGAAUUACGAUGACAAUACGCCGCAACCAAUUGAAAUAUAUCAAGUUUGUUUAAUAAUUGCAGUGUUGUGCUGUGGGAUGAUAAUUGCUUUUAUUAUCUUCAUAAUCGAAAAAAUCGUAUUCAUUUAUAAACUCAAGCAAUUGUGAUUAAAUGUGUUUUUAUAUCUUUGUGAAUAUGUGUAAUCUACAAAAGAUUUAUUCACAAGUAGGAAUUUAAACACAU